AUGUCUCACCGAAGACCUCAUCGCCGGCGACUGGUCUCGGAUGCUGGCCAUGAGACAAUCAGCAUACGCGUCGGAAGCAGUCGCAGCUCCACCAAAUACCAUCAGAUAUUAGCCCGCGGACCACAGGAUGCUCGCCCGUUCGCCAGGCUCGUUGAUGAUCAGACCCGAGCACAUCCCAAGGAUCCUCUCAUUAUCGCAGUCAAUGGCUUUCGGCCAUGGCUCGGGGACGUGCUCCACUCAUGCAUAGAGGACUACUGGUCGGACAUACCUGACUUGGACAGAGCCGUGCAAUUUGGCAGCACGAUGCAGUUCCCUGAGAGGGCCAGCAAGCGGGGACAGUACGUGCCUUGGACUUUCAUCAUCGACCACAUGAAUGUGCCCCAGGUUUACUACUGGUCUGUGGGCAUGAAUCCUCCUGUUUGGGAAGACUCCGGGCUGCCGAGUAUGGAGAACUUCAGAUUUCGCACGGGUGUCUGGUUUUGCGCUCGCGGUGCCUGCCGCUCCGACUCCCAGAUUUCGGUCACGGUCAUCUUCACUAGGCCUGAUGAAAUCUCGGAGCAUGUGGUCAAAGACCUGCUUUUCGACUACCUCUGGCAUGACGAAGACUUCACUCAACCUCGUGAGGAUGAAGAAGGCCUGUGUUGGACGUUCUCGAGGCUCUACUGGCUGCUCACCGACUGGCAGAACAUCAUUGGCGAAGUCUUGGCCCGCCUCGACGAAGCAGAAGCCAACAGCCAUGGAAGACACCUCCCGGUCAAAGCUCGAACUCGCAGGAUGCACGCAGAGGUCGAUAGGCUUUACGAGAUGAAGGACUAUCUGCAGUUCCAUACCCGAGCAUUCAAGAAGUUACAGAAGUUGAAGGAAAGCGUGCCACGCAAUGGGCAAGUCGACCCGCUUUGGGCUGAUAUGGAUGAUGCUGUAGAAGACCUCGAGCAGUUUGACUCCAGGCUUGACAGUCUGAGAGAACGAUUCAACAACCUAAUCGAGCUGGAGUUCAACAUCACAAACGCGGUACAAGCCGACAAUUCGGCAUUCCUCUCUGCCGUUGCGACGCUGGUCCUACCAAUCUCCUUUCUGGCGUCACUCUUUGGCAUCACCACUGUCACAUGGCCAGUAAUCUGGUAUCUUUACGCCGCCGUCCCAAUUUUCGUUGUCAGUGCAGCCUUCACAGCUGUUUCCCCGUGGGCUAGACGCCGUCUCCAAGUCGCCCUGUACCCACUGGAGGAGAGACGUCUGCGCCUGCGGCGAAAUCAAUUCACACUGCUGGGCGAGGAGUUGCCGGACAAUGUCGAUGUGCCAAAUGCGAACCGCCAGGGCCGGUUCAAGCAUCGAAGGUCCAUGACUGCUCCGCUGGAUGGUUUCGGGACGAGAUCAGCUUCUCGAAAGCGGAGUGAGAAGAGCACAUGA